AACGCAGUGACGUUUGAUGUGUGACGCUACCAGGAAAUAAAAGUAAACAUCGCUGACAUAUAGAAGACGAAAAUGUUAUGUAGCGUUAGUUUCCCCUCUUUAUUCCCAGUCUGUGGCCUUUGUGGGGAUUCUUGCAAAAUGCAUUGCGGAUUUAUACCCCGAUAAGGACAGGCUGAAACAGAUUCAGCAAUGUUAGCCUUGAGAUCGUCCGAGGAGGAGUCCCCAGAGAUGGAGGACAUGGACACCUCAGAGCCUAACUGGUGCUGGUUUUACCUUGCUGAGUGUGGGGUGUGGCAUAUGUUUGAGAUUGAUCCCAGUGCGGCCUGCUCCGUGACCAGCGCUCAGAUCGAGCAGUGCUACAAUCGAAACCAGCGAGGUGUCAUGGAGUUCUAUACGGCAAAGUACACCUACAGACUGGACUUUUCAGCUAUGCGGCAGAUAAAUGUAACGACAGGGAAGCAGCGGCCAAUCAAACGAUCCCUUCAUUCUGCAACUGGUUUCAGGUUUAUUUGUGAUAAUCUUGCCUUGCCUGUUCCCUGUCACUGGGAGAGAAUCAAUACAGAUGAGCCUUACCAGCUCAUUCAGCUUGGGAGAGACACCUAUGAAUUUAAAGAAGUCGCCAGAUUGUAUGAAAGGACCAUGGACCAUCCAAUCAAAUGCAUUCAGAGGAUUCAGAACCUGGACUUGUGGGAAUUCUUCUGCAGGAAGAAAACCCAGUUGCGAAAAGUAAAGCGCACACUGGACAUUGAGGAGCGAAUGCUGUUUCAUGGCACGGGACACAGCAACAUUCAAGCUAUAUGUACUUUUAACUUUGACUGGCGGCUGACAGGAAGCCACGGCGAUGUCUAUGGCAAAGGGAGCUACUUUGCACGGGAUGCUAAAUACUCUAGUAAAUUCUGUCACACUACAGGGAAGCACAGCACCACCCUGCAGAGACACGGACUCGCCCCGCCAAUAUUUGCUUGUGAGCCGCCGUAUAAGACAAUGUUCCUAGCCAGAGUGAUUGUUGGAGAGUACACCGUCGGACAUCCCAUGUACUGCAGACCGCCUUCCAAGGAUGCCAGCUUCACCAACUUUUACGACAGCUGUGUGGACGAUAUGGCCAACCCAAAGAUUUAUGUUAUUUUUGACAGCAAUCAGAUUUACCCUGAGUAUCUGAUUGAGUUCUACUGAAAGCUUCAUGAGAAGAUAUGUACUGUUUCUUUCGUAAAAAAGGCUGGAUCUAAUAUAUGGAAAUAUUUUGGAUACAGAGUAAGAAGAUGGGACGGGAUGGACAAAGAAGCAGCUUAUUGGACUUUCUUCUUUCAGUCAGAUCCAGUGCCUAACUGGAGCAUAGGUCAUCUAAAGUGCCUUUGGGAGAAAAUACAAAAAAAUGAAGGAGACAGUAAAGGCUUUGUGUACUGUACGGCAUAUCUAAAGUUGGCUCUUGUGGUUGGAAUGCUUCAGUUCACUGAGCUAGGAUGAAAAAAAGCGCGUCUUAAGAUCAGUUUUUGUGACAACUUUGUAAUAAAUGCAGAACCUGUGCUUGCUUGUUUGAUCUCUGUGCACAGUUGUUUAGAAUAAGAGUGAAAUCAACAGCCUUUACGUUAGAAGUGAUGUCCUGCCAUCAGCUGCAGCCACUCCUUCACAUCCACAGUGCCACGCAUGAGCAAAUUUACAAGUCAUGUGAACAUGAUUACAAGUGAGGAAACCAAAAACCGCAACAUGUUCCUGCUUGCUCAUUAGGAACCAUGAUCCAUUAGUCAUCAACAUCUAUGUGUACCUAGUACAAUGUAUUAAGUAGGCAUGGAUUUUUCUUUGUUUUGAUUCCUAAAAACGCUUCUACCUCUGCAUUGUUUUAACCAUGCAUCCGUGCACUUUCCCCCCUUUCCAUGAAAGGUUUUGUAACUGUGUCACAAUGACAUAAAGUCGUGAUGUCGUGUCCUUGCGUGGUUCCUCUAGCAAUAUGUGUCUGUGUAUAUUUUCUGACUUCUAUCCUUAAAAAGACUUGACAGUGGCUAUGGUUGAAUUUUUGACAGAAAAAGUCCAUACCAAACAACAAAAACAUCAAUAUCAGCACCAUGUUUGACCUAAAAUCAUCAGUGUGAUGUCACCACCUGCUAAUGUCUUUCUUUGAAGGGAAACACAGGUCAUCCUUACACCUGGUGUAAAAUUAUCUAAAAGAAAAAGAAUGUAGCCAGCACAUGUAUAGUACUGUAGUGAGAAUUGAUGUAAUAUUGCUUUGCUGUGUGCGUUUGUUGAAUUUAUUGUAUGAAUGUGUGAUUUUGAGCAAGGAGAAUAAGAAAAAGACUUUGUUUACCACUAGGUGGUGUUAGAGUACAAGAAUUGCAUUGCCUCAUGGUACAUGCAGACAAGUGAAGAUCUCCUCAGUCCUAACACUACUGCUGUGUGUGCGCAGGUGUGAUUGAAGCUAUAUAUGUGUGUCUGUAAUUUGCACGUUACAGAUAAUAAACUUUUCAACUAA